AUGUCUCUUGCGCCCUUCAAAGUCUUGCUCUUCGAUUGUUAUGGAGACUGGGAGACAGGGAUGCUAGAGAAUCUUAAAUCUCUCCUCGAUCAACCUUCCGCACCGAGCAGAGAUAGAUUAUUUGAAGUGCUAGGUCCUAUCGAGAAUAGGAUCCAGGAUGAGCAGCCCACGAUGCUCUAUUCGGAAUUACUCGCAAAGGUGUAUAUCGAGACUGCUGAAAAACUGAAUCUUAAAUCUGAUGAAGGUCAAGCUAAAGCAUUUGGCAACUCUAUUCCUUCGUGGCCCGCUUUUCCAGAUUCGGCAGAUGCGCUGAAGAAGCUUUCGGAUGCGGGGUUGAAGUUGGUCAUUCUGUCCAAUGUCGAUAAUAAGAGUUUUGAUGGAUCGAAAAAAAAGUUGGAGAAAGGAUUUGCCUUCGAUGCUAUCUACACCGCUGAGAAGAUCGGAUCAUACAAACCCUCGUUGCGGAAUUUCGAAUACGCCAUAGAGAACAUCAAGAAAGAUUUCGGAUUGGAAAAAGAAGAUAUCCUGAUAGUUGCUAAUUCCAAAUAUCAUGAUGUUCAACCUGGUCACAAGAAAGGUAUCAAAUCAGCUUGGAUAGAUCGAGAGAGAGCUUUCAUGGGCGUAUCAGCUUAUAAGGAUGUUAUACCUGAUUAUCAAUUUCAAAGUAUGAUGGAAUUUGCAAAUGCCAUCAUCAAGGAUAAAUCCUAG